GGAGGCCGUUUGCUCGUGAUGGGGCAGUUGUGUCUCUAUCUUAGGUGACUUCUACCCGGGUCGUCGGGACGGAGCGGGGAGGACAGCCUGGAGGGCCCACCUGCGCCUUUGUACGACCUGGGGGAGGGUCAGCUAAGUCCGCUGGACCCGCCGGUCUCCGGCGCCCUCACGUGGUCCUACGCUCCCCGCGGUGCGAUGGCGGCGCUGGUGACCCCGGCGCAGGUGUUGGUGACCUUCAAGGAUGUGGCCGUGACCUUUACCCGGGAGGAGUGGGGACAACUUGACCUGGAUCAGAGGACCCUGUACCAAGAGGUGAUGCUGGAGAUCUGUGGGCUCCUGGUCUCACUGGGGCAUCCAGUUCCCAAACCAGAGUUGAUCCACUUGCUGGAACAUGGGCAGGAGCUGUGGAUGGGAAGGAGAGGCCUCCCACAUAGCAUGUGUCCAGAUGACAGAGCAAAACGUCAGACCAGAGAGCUGGUUUUGUCUGAAGGAGUCUUGCUCCACGGAAGCCUGACUCUGGGAUCUUCAAGGGACUGCAGGUCGAGGCAAGCCAUGGAUCCAGAAGGGCUUUUGGAAGUGCAGAAAGGUCAGCUGAGGCCAGAGACAGACGCCCACAAGGAAACCCAUCCUGGGAAAACGAGCCUUGAAGAUGAUGGUUUGGAGGCGGAUGAUGGUGUGCACUCCAGGGCGUUCCAGGAGAGAGUCUCUCAGGGAGAUGUUCUCUGUGAGCGUGACCCACAGGGACCAGGAAAAGGCCCCCUGAUUCAUAACCUCUACAAGUGCAAGCAGUGUGGGAAGAGUUUUAACAGGAAGUGGUACCUUGUUCGACAUCAGCGGAUUCACACUGGAAUGAAGCCCUAUGAAUGCAAUGCGUGUGGGAAAGCUUUCAGCCAGAGCUCAACCCUGACCCGGCACUACGUCAUCCACACGGGGGAGACGCCAUACAAAUGUGCCGAGUGUGGGAAGGCCUUCAAACGCAGGUCAUACCUCCUGCAGCACCAGCCGAUCCACACUGGGGAGAAGCCUUAUGAGUGCGGCCAGUGUCGAAAGGCCUUCACCCACCGCUCUACUUUUAUUCGCCACAAUAGGACCCACACUGGAGAAAAACCCUUUGAAUGCAAAGAAUGUGAGAAAUCAUUUAGCAACAGAGCACACCUCAUCCAGCACUACAUCAUCCACACUGGAGAGAAGCCCUACGAUUGCACAGAGUGUGGGAAGGCCUUCAGGUGCAGCUCAGAACUCCUACAGCACCAGCGGAUUCACACGGGGGAGAAGCCCUACGAGUGUGCCCAGUGUGGGAAGGCCUUUCACCGGAGCACAUACCUCAUCCAGCACUCUGUCAUCCACACCGGGGAGACGCCAUACAAGUGCGCCGAGUGUGGGAAGGCCUUCAAACGCAGGUCACAUCUCCUGCAGCACCAGCGGGUUCAUACUUGAGAAAAAGGCCUUCACCGCUGCUCCUUUUUUGUCUUUCAUGAGGGGAUCCAUGCUGGAGGGAAGAACCCUCUGAGUGUAAAGAAUUCUGGGAGGGUUUUUUUGUCUGCUUUUCAAAUGCAUAAGUGGUCAUGUGGGAGAAGACGCCUUGCGAAUGCAGUGGAAAUGUCAAAAGCCUUCGGCCCCUGCUCAUCGUUCAGAGGAUUCAUUCUGUGGAGAAACUCAGCACAUGAAGCUAUGCCACCCGUGGGUCCGUCCACCUCUGUCAACAUCAGAGAACAUACCGGGGAAAGACGUUCUGAAUGUAACCAGAAGGACACUCCUCAGCCAAAAGAAGACUCAUCCUCCCCACCUGAGAAUGUGUAAUGAAGAGGAACCACUUAAUUAUUGCCAUGAGAAAGCCUCCUGUGACAUGUCACCACUAGUCACGUAGAGUCAUAUUGGAACUUGACGGAGCUUGGGCUUUCCCUGUGAGGAAGCGCAGAGGAGACAGACUCAGGGUUCGUUAUGCACUUAUAACAACAUUCAGCCACAGGGCUCCCCCUUGGUUUGCACUUAAGCCAUCUCAGCAUUAUGUUAAAAAGAAAACUAACAAGGGAAUUCCCUGCAGAGUCCCAGUGGCUAGGACUCCGCGCUUUCACUGUCGGAGGACCUGGCUUUGAUCCCUGUCGGGGAACUAAGAUCCCGCAAGCCCCACGGUGUGACCAAUAAAGAAAAAAGAAAAAUAACAAAGAGGUGGAGGGGAUAGAGACAAAGACUAUAAACGGAAAAAACCAAAUGCUUUUGUAAGCUCUUUCAGACUUUCCUGCCAAGCCUGUUGCAGUUUUUCAUCAGUUCUGUUUUUUGGUGGGGCAAUGUUUGAGGGAGCAAAGGACCCCAGCCCUUUGUUUUUAUGUGUCCACUGCUGUCUUGUAUCAUGAAACUUGGACGUUGAGGGCAGCUCCACCAACAUUUGUUGGAAGGCUUGGUUCCGAACAUCUCUAGCCAUUGGUAUAAUUCUUUGUGAGAAAUAUGAGGGCUUGAGUCAUGAGCUACUUGAACUUGUAAGAAAUUAGAAUACCGAAAAUAGCAUCACACAAUACUUGUAUUUUAUGUCUAAGGAGAGAAUGGUCCACAUAGGGAUCGCGACAUUAAAAUGUGCACCCCUAAAGACGUUGAAUUUUUUUUUAAUAGGUAAACUCCUGUUCUUCUGGUUUUAAAUGCCUGAUACUAUCUCUCACUCUUUCUUCUUCUUCUUCUUCUUCUUUUUUUUUAGUUUAAAAAGAAGUACGUUUAUUAGUAUAUGCACACAGUUUGCAGAAUAGAAACAUUUAGAGUAUUUAGGGAAAUUCAGUCAAAUUCAACAAACCUCAGUGAAAACAUGUUGUAUUUGUUUAAUGGCAGACAGGUAAUUACUUGAGUCUAUUAACUGGCUGCAUUUUCAGUCUUCAAUAGGUUCUUUUUUUUUUCUUUUAAUUUUUUUUUUAUUUUAUCUUUGACCACAUUGGGUCUUCAUUGCUGUGUGUGGGCUUUUCUCUGGUUGCGGUGAGCAGGGGCUACUCUUCGUUGUGGUGCACAGGCUCCUGAUUGUGGUGGCUUUUCUUGUUGUGGAGCACAGACUCUAGGCACGCGGGCUCAGUAGUUGUGGCGCACGGGCUUAGUUGCUCCACAGUAUGUGGGAUCUUCCUGGACUAGGGCUCAAACCCAUGUCCCCUGAGUUGGCAGGUGGAUUCUUAACCACUGCACCACCAGGGAAACCCUCAAUAAGUUCUUUGAAAAGAUGUUUAGCAAGGUGGAAGAUAACUUGAUCCAUGUCACUUAGAGGCUUUAUUUAUCUAUUUUUAAAAAUAUUAUUGGAGUAUAGUUGAUUUAUAAUGUUGUACAGCAAAGGUGUACAGCAAAGUGAUUCAGUUAUACAUAUAUACAUAUACUCAUGUAUAUGAGUUAUACAUAUACUCAUUCUUUUUCAGAUUAUUUUCCCUUAUAUGUUAUUACAAAAUAUUGAGUAUAGUUCCCUGUUCUAUACCGUAGGCAGUUGUUGGUUAUCUGUUUUAUAUAUAGUAGUGUGUAUAUGUCAAUCCCAAUCUCCCAAUUUAUCCCUCCCCCCCCAAUUCUCACUCUUGAUUCCAUUCUAUGUGGGUUUUUUUCUUUUUCUUUUUUUUAAUCAUUCAUUCAUUCACUUCGAUAUUUAUUGGAUGCCAGAAUCACUGUUCUGGGCACUUGAAAGGCAUCACUGAACAAAACAGGUUGAAAAAAGAAACAAUCUUGCCCUGCAGAGUUUACAUAAGCAGCAUAAUAAACAAUAAAUUGUAUAAAAUACUAGAAGGUCAUAAGUGUUACUGAAGGGAAAAAAUGGAGCAGUGUAAGUUCAAUGAUACACACCAAUCUGUGAGGGGAUAAGAACACGUCAUAAUUUUAAAUAGAAUGGUUAAAGUGGGGCCUCUUCUCAAAGCUGACGUUUAUGCAAAGACUUGGGAAGAGAAGAAGGUGCUAACUAUGUGGGUAUUUGGAGAAAGUUCUCCCCAUGUAGAGGGAACAUCCAGUUCAGGGGCUUUACAGCUGGGACAUAACCUGGAAUAUUCGAGGCACAUCAAGGAGGUGAUGGAGCUGAAUCAGUGAUGAAGAGAGGGAAUAGUAGGAGAUUAAUUCAGAAAGGAAAUUGGGAGUCCAACUGCAGUCAAACGCUGCAUAACACUGUUAGGGGCUUGGCUUUGACUCUGAAUGAAAUGGGGAGACAUUGGAGGAUUUGAAGCAGAGGAAUGGCUUGAUCUGCCAUGUCUUUAAAGGGUCACACCGGCUGAUGUAUUGAAAGUGGUUUG